GAGAGUCUCCAGAUGAGGAGCUUCAGUUGAUGUGAGGACAUGACCAGAGACGAAGCAGAGCGUGGACACACUGUCUGUGUGCCAUGGAUUAACAUCAACAUUGUGCUGGCUUGAGAGCUGCACUCCCCUGGGGGACUAAAAGCCAGCGUGCUGAAUAUUUUGGUGGAGACUCCUCCUGCUGUGUGCGCCAAGAUGGGGAACGGAUUAUCGGACCAUCACUCUCUCCUUCCAUGCCUCCCAUCCUUCCAGGCUCUUCACAUUGUCAUUUUAGGACUGGACUGCGCGGGCAAGACCACCGUGCUUUAUCGUCUGCGUUUCAAUGAGUUUGUGAACACUGUCCCAACUAAGGGUUUUAACACAGAGAAGAUCAAAGUGUCAGUCAAAGGCAGUCGGCGGACGGCAUCUUUCCACUUCUGGGAUGUCGGAGGCCAGGAGAAGCUGCGGCCGCUGUGGCGGUCUUACACACGCUGUGCAGAUGGGAUCGUGUUCGUGGUUGACUCUGUGGAUGCUGAGCGCAUAGAGGAGGCUAAGACAGAGCUGCACAAGAUAACGCGGCUGGCAGAGAACCAGGGCGUGCCAGUUCUGGUGGUGGCUAACAAGCAGGACCUGAGGAACUCGCUCAGUCUGGCUGAGAUGGAGAGUAUGUUGGCUCUGGGCGAGCUCAGCACCGCCACACCCUGGCACCUACAGCCCGCCUGUGCUAUCAUCGGCGAGGGGCUGCAGGAAGGUCUGCAAAAGCUGCACGCCAUGAUCAUGAAGAGGAGGAAGAUGCUGCGGCAACAGAAGAAGAAGAAAAGAUGAUGUGCUCAGAGUGGGAACUACAACAUGUGAGCAGGAUCUGAGGCAACAUGAGAGAAGUUUAUUGUGUUUGCUACAAAGAGACAAAACUAUUCCUGUCCAGUUCGGCUUCCCCUCUCAAGUCUGCCCGGCUGAGUUUGAGCAUUCCCGUGGAACUGUUGGAGUCAGCCAGCGCUUGGCUCCAGAGGAGGACCGUGGGAUUCAUUGUUGCCCUGUGGCCUCUCCCGUAAAGGCAGUACAGUAUUAUGCUAUACAGAAGCAGAAAAAUGAAGUUUACACUGAAGUCUUAGUGAGUGAACAUGAGCUCUGACCUUUCUGUUUUAUGUAAUUUGUUAAAACACAUGCUGCUUC